AUGGUCGACCAGCCUCCGGACACGCCAGCAACAUCUGGCAGUGCUCAAGCUGACCAAACAGAACCGGUGUCGACCAACGACGCUCAUCCCAAAAUUCAGGAUUUGAAUCCUCCAACUCCUAGUAAUGACAGAGUCGAGCUGCUUCACAAGGCUCGCGCGUUCCUCAAUUCGCCCCAGGUCCGACAUGAGGACUUUUCUGCGAAACGAAGAUUCCUGGCAGACAAGGGACUCAACGACGAACAGAUAGAGAGGCUAUUAACAGAGAUGCCUCCUCAAGCCCCGCUCGUCCCUCCACGGACGUACCCACAGCCACCACCAUCCAACCUACCGGCACUAUUGCUCGGCAUUGCUAGGAUCUUUAGCUGGAUAGCAGGCGGCUCUGCUGCUUUUCUGAUCAUAUACUUCCGUUUCCUAUACCCCAGGAUAGCGCAGACGUUCCAGGCGCGACACGCUCUGCAUACGCACCAGAAGGAUUUGCUUCGCAGACUCGCUGGCUCGUUGGAGUCGCUCAAAGCCGCUCAAGCUGAAACUGCCGCUGUGCUUCCGCGACCCGCCCUGGUAGACGAGGCCCACUACAAGGAAUGCCAGACCCUGGACGAAGUCAUCCAGACGAGUGAGGGCAGUCAAGACGUUCCUGACGUUACCCUCCUACGCUGUGCGCUCGCAGACCUCGUAGCCGAGACCAAGCCAGCGACAGCUGAGGCUAUCUUCCUUGUCCUGGAUGGUAAGGUUCCGUGGCUGAGAGAUGAGGAGGGGUCGGUGCGACAUGUGCAACUAUGGGACACUCUGACAAGCAGCCCACUAUUCCACGAAGACGCGACCGAAGACGCCUCCCUAUGGACAUAUACGCACCCGCUCCCUCCACCCACACCGCCGCUCAUGCAGUCGCUUCAUGCACUCAAAGCCUCCCUGCCCCCUCGCGUCGUCUACGAAUCUCAUCGCUUUCAAUAUACGUUGAACACGUUGACGGACCUCACCGGUUAUAUCGUUACGCGCACGCAUGACAUCUUCCGUGUACCCUUCGAACCAGCUCAAGGCCCGGGCAUGGAAGAGGAAGUGAAGCGAGAGAUACGUGCACUCAAAGGGCUUGUGCUGAACAGACGUGCGUUCAUGCCGACUCUCCCGAGGCCACCAUCAUAUACGCCUGCUUCUCCGUUUACUCCGUCGCCCGUGAAUCCGCCUUAG